AUGUCGUUUCCAGUCGCUCUUCAGUCCGCCGUCUUUUACAUACUUUCUUGCACACCAUGUCUCAAGGUCCGCCAUCGCCACCGCGCCCGCGAAAUCGCCAAAAAGGAUCGCGAGAAGGCCACGAAGCUCGAGACCGCUCAACCCGGGAAAUACCAGCAUCCUCCCCCUUUCUCUACAAACCCUUACUGGAAGUCUGAAAUCGACAUGGGGCCCAGUCUACCCAAGAAGACCUCCAGCAAAAAUUCGAGCUCUCGCGGCCUCACGAGCUCCGGCCGCGAUUCCUGCAACCCCUCCGUCUCGGAGCGCACAAACGUCGACGACAGCAGAACCAAUGUCGAUAGCCUCAGCGUACUACGCGAAGAAGAAAACGGCACCCCACCAGAUUGGAAUCGCAAAAUAGGAUAUCAGCGAGAAGACGAAGAUCUAUGGGGCCAAUGGUCGGCGCAGAAGUUGAAGGACGCUAUUAACAGGGCUCGCGACUCGGCCGGUCGACUUAUCGAUUCGACUCUCGGCCUUGAAAAAGAGGUUACGGACCAAGAACGACGAAAUUUCUACACAACCCCUCGCAACCCCCCUGUCAACGAUUACCAUCCUCCCGUCAUCAGCAGCAGGCCUGCCCACAAAGACGGCUACAAAUGGAUGCUGCAGCCACCACCUCCCGCCAAAGUCAUGGAGGGCAAGAUCCCCGUUAGCAGAGCCAACAGCUCCGGUAGCAAGUCCAGCGGACGCACUCUGGUCGCAAACGACCCCUACCUCGACAAAAUCGUCAAGGACAAGCUGGCCAUAGAACGGGCACGCAAGGGCUCCGCCGCGCCUACCGAGGACGAGCUAAUCGAGGCCCUUUUUGCCACGCGCAUCAACACGAGCAACCGCGCAAAGAGCCUGUCGUAUGGGUGGGAAUUCGACGAUAAGUCCGACGGGAGCCCGCUUCACAGCGUUCGCUCCAAGCCAGCGUCUGCCUAUCUUGGCAAGAACCCCGCCAUGGCCGACGACGAAGACGAUGAUUUCGACGAGACGUACUCAUUUAACUCGGACGACGACGAUCCCUACGACCUGGGCAAAUUUAGAGACAUUCCUCAGCACGUCAUCGACUACCAUGCCAACAAAGGCUGGCGCCCCAAGCUUGAGACUAUUCGCAGCAUAAGGAUUAGCAAACCUCCCCAGAAGCGCCCAAUGACGAGAAAGCAAAUGCUUCACAAGUCGCGCAAGCUCACCAUGCUCAAGGUGACUAGUGGUUCUCCAGUCGGUGACGACACUGAGUAA